AGGGGCGGCGCGGCCCGCCUGCCCCGACACGCUCGCCGGGAAGUUCUUCCUGGGGCUUUAUCGCGGAGCCUCUCCCUUACAAUUUCUGCCUCUCUUUUUGGGGAGGAGGAGGGGCGAUUAUAGAGAUAGUUAAUGUCUGCCGUAUAAGAAGCAUUAUUAAAGUUACUCUUCGGUCCUUUCUGUUCUUGAUAAACAAUUCUGGCUCCUUCUCGAAUUCUGUUUUCCGUUCUUUAAGAUACUUUACCGCUCUUCAAUACAACAAAUACUUGCUGAGUGCUUACCUAGGACCAGGCACUGUGCUCAGCGCUGUGGGGGCUGCUCACGCGGGGACGGGGGUACUUUCCCUCGAGGUAAGGAGAUUGUAGUCUGGGCGGUGGCCACAAAGUUGUAAGUAGUGUGUUCAGAUUUAAUGUUUCCUGGAAUAUCUUCACAUUUAAUAUCCCAUAAUCCCUACAAUAACCUUCUAAUAUAAUUAGUUCGCAUUUACAUGUAAGAAAAAUGAGGCUUCAAGGAGUCACCCCACUGGCCUGCAGGUUCAUGGAUCCUCAGUGCCAGCCCAACAUGUCACAUCACCAUUGAAUUAAUUCCGUGGGGAUGGAAGAGGGAGGAGUAGACACCCCGCAAUUCUCUAGAUCCCUUCAAAAUGUGAUUCCCACUGUCCAGGAAAGAAGUGGAUGCAGUGUUUCAGUAACACCUGCCUGGCCCUGAGAAGGGCAAUAUAAGGAAAACCACUAGCUUUCCAAGAGCCCGCGACCACCACUGCCGGAGGUUCUUCUGGUUGAGUUUCACCCACCCCCGCUAACAGUAAAUAAUAAUAGCCACUCACAUUUAUUGAGCAGUCAGUGCUGAGGAUGGGGCUCAGCUGGUUCAUAUGUGUUUUCUCUUUUAAGGCUCAAGGCAACCCCUUGAGAUUAGUAUUAACUUCUCUUUACAGAUAAGGAAACAGAUUAAGUAACUUGCUCAAGGUCAUCCAGGUAGACCAGGGACUUGAACAUAGGUCUGUUGUCUCCAGACUUUAAGCUCUGCAGAUGGCCUUUCCUUUGUUCUACAGGGUCUAUAAUACAGGUCCAGCUGGUUUUGCUUCUUAUUGUAGACAUAAAUGUCCCCAGCUCAACUUCUGAAUAAGCCUUUUAGUAUAUCAGCGUCAGGCACCUCAGAAUGACUUCAUCUGCACCAUUAAUGGUUAUUAAGCAUUCACCCUGAAUCAACAACUCUUUACAGGCAUAUUGUUAGCUCCCUUACACCAGUGAACAAACUGAGGUUCAAACAGUUAAAAUAAUGUAUCCAAGACCACACAACUGGGAAGAUGGUAGAGCUGAGACCCUAGCCUAGGCCACAAGGCACCUUUUCUCUCAGAAAUAAUGUUGUAAUAGCAUCCUUCCCAAGACUGGCCAUUUGGGGACCGUAUUCUGUAUAUGUCUAAGUGCAAGUUAUCACUGAGUCAGAAACAAUCUCCAAUCUACUUACAGGGCUCCCCUUCCACUGAGCCACCUUAGUCACUUCAGUGUAAAUCCUCAGGAGAGGAGGAAGAGAGGAGAAGCUAUCCAGAAGUAAGAGGAAAGCCAGGGGCAGUAGAGCUUACCUGGUGUGGGGACAAAGUGGCAAGUAGUAAUGAGAAAUCCCAAUGGUAAUAUAGCAUCCCAUAAGGGCAGAACAAAUAAUUGGAAAUAAGGGGAAACAAAGGUCCCAUGUGAUAGUGUCCACAGGGGUAAGGUGAGUGAACCCAAAAGAGGAGCCCAGGAUGGGCAAAAAUGGGGGCAAUAGGAAAUGGAAACAGAGUGAGGCAGUGCUGGGUGUCUUUGUGAGCUGAGGCUGGUGAGUGCCAGCCUCUUCCUGUAUCCUUAGGCCCUCACAGGGACCUUUGCCCAACCACACCCCAGCCCUGACAGCCUUCCUCUGCCAGGACUAGUUUGUUGUCUGCUCUUAGUUUUCUAGCCCCUAAGGACUCCCGGGACGCAGCAAGGUCCCAUCCCUUUGAAGGAGCUGCUUCAGACUAGCCUAGGAAGUACCCAGCCGUUGUGGUCAAGAGAAACCUCAUGGAGGAUACAGCUGCCCAGCAAGAACAGGACAGACCCAGUGUUCGUCUGGAAAAGCUACAGCACUGGGCAAGGCACAAGCAAAGUGGACACCUCUUGGUGCUGGCGGUGAGUCAGCUAUGGCUGGCAGUAGUUGUGGUGCCCUUUGCUGUCUCAGUCGCCUGCCUGAAUUCUGCUUGUCACAUGGCCACAGUGCUACCACUUGCACCUGGAGCCUCAGGUCUCCUCGCAGGGACUGUCACCCUUGAGCUUCGAAGAGCUCCUCGCCUAUGGAAGGUUCGGGCCAUGAUGAUAUGCAACAUCUUCAAUCUGAUCUUCGGCUUCAUCGCGCUGGUGGUCGAGGUGAUAAAGACAGCCUUGGGGCCUGCCUCUACUGCCCACUCCCAGGCAGGCUUGCUGGUGCUUGAGCUCAGCGCUGAGGCCUUCAUCACAGGAGGAGUGCUGGUCUCAGCAUAUGCUCUAUUGUUGCUGAGCCAGAGAAAGCCAGGAUGCUUCAGGAACCAGCGUCUGCACUACCAGGAGCUGCAGGAGGGCCUCUCUGAGGUGGAAGAGGUUCCUGGUUUGGAGAAUGGUCCCAAUGUAGCCAGCACAGGAAACGGAACAAAGGAGUGAGCCAGCAAGGGGAAGCAGACAGGUGCUACUGCCCUUUAACCCUAAAGGACCACGGUCCAGAUGCUCUGCUUCUCACCCCACCAAACUCAGAAGCUAACCAGACUCCUUGGAAAACGCAUGAAGUCCUCUUCCCUUCUGCGCUGCAUAAAGAUAUACCAAGGCGAGAGUCCCCCUCAUCCUUAUCUUCCUUUCCCACCGCCUCUUCACACAGCUCCGCCUCUGCCUCAUCUCGCUGUCUUUCUGUCCAUCAUUCAUAAUCCCAUUCGCUCCACGACCGGAUUCCUGCACGCACCAGCCCUGCAUCCGUGUCCCUUCGACCCAGGUCCUGGCUACACCAGCAGUGACUACAAAUCCCAGGAUGCCAAGCUACCCCGUGGCCUGCUGGGAAAUAAAGAGCCUUUCCGUCCCUCCGCGGCGGGGGCGCUGUGCA